CUGAAAAUUUAUUCUAUGUUAUUAUAUAAGUACAGCUUUUCAGAUAAAUAGUGUACCCAACGAAAUAAAGGAAAUGUGUUAAAAUGAUAACAUUCCUGUGGAACAUUGGCUUAUAUAGCAGGAUGUAAUAACUAGAAAUAUCUAUAAACAUAUUUAUAGAUAUACAAAUAGCUAUAAACAUUUCAAAAUUACACCAAGUAUAGCUAUCAACCUGAAAUCAGAUGCAUUUUGAUUAUGCAACAUCCGACUUUCUUGCAUGAUUAGAUUAAUUGUCUCUUGCGCUGCAUAAGAAAAUUGCUUGCCAAAUCUGGUUGUUAAAUUGUUAAUACAUGAUCUGCCUCCCAAUAAUUUUUACUUUUAAGAGUGCGUCUGUCAUUCGCACCAGGAACCGCAAUGGCGAAGGUUCAAGUGCUAAAUGUCGCUGUACUUGAUAACCCAAGUCGAUUUGGAAACCCGUUUCAGUUCGAAAUAACAUUUGAGUGCAUGGAAGAUCUACCAGAAGAUCUAGAGUGGAAGAUAAUCUAUGUUGGCUCAGCAGAGAGUGAAGAGUACGACCAGACUCUUGACUCUGUUCUGGUUGGCCCAGUACCAGCCGGGAGGCACAUGUUUGUGUUCCAGGCGGAUGCCCCAAACACCGGCCUGAUUCCAGAGAGUGAUGCCGUCGGUGUGACUGUGGCACUAAUCACCUGUACAUACCGCGGGCAGGAGUUCAUUCGCAUUGGGUACUAUGUUAACAAUGAAUAUACUGACCCUGAGCUGCGGGAGAACCCCCCAAUCAAACCAGACUAUGGACAGCUCCAGAGAAAUAUUUUGGCUUCAAAUCCACGUGUGACAAGAUUCCAUAUCAACUGGGAAGGAUGUGCAGAUCGAAUGGAUGACUCUGAGAAUCUGGAUCCGGAUCCUAACUUUAUUCCUUCGCCAUCCUGCCUCAAGAGCGUACCCAUGGAAACUUGGUUCCUUGAAAAGUCUAUGGACUUAAUUUAGAUUUGCGCUUACAGUACCCAUAAUCUUUGAUCAACCUGGGUACUAUAAGCAGAAGAAUGGACAUUCUGACUUGGAUGUACAGCAGCUUUGCCUUAUAGCUGCCCUUAUUUUUUGAAACUUACUGUCAGCAAUACAAUUUCAGCUCGGACUUCAGAGGACUACAGUGUCUUGCAACCAAGACAAUCUUUCCUGAGUAAUCUUCAAAAUGUAUUGGAGGUUUUUUUAUGUGUACAUAAUAUGCUGGCAAAAAUAUUUGUUACCUAAUUCAUUGUUUCAUUUUUAAUACCAUCAACAGGAAGAGCAAAUAGAUAAGUGUCCAGAAAAUGAUUUAGUAGCUAAUAUGCAGAAAUACAUAUUCACACAGCCCAACCAACAAGCCAGUCAUGUGUUUGUUAUGUGAGGUGAAUACCAACAAAUUAUUUCAUGACACUUGUGAAGCAGAAUGUGAGGAAAUGUUCACAAGUUGCAAAGAGGAAAAUAAUCAGUCUCCUGAUGACUUCUAAUGGUGUUCUGCCUUUUUUGAGCAUUUUAUUCUGUAAUGGGUCCUUAUUGCCUUUGGGUCACAGUUUUCCACCUGUGGAGAAAUGGUUGGGGGUCUAAUUGCUAUAUACAUACUGUUACUUUUGCUCUGUGGCCUUUGACAUUAAAAUAAAUGAAACAUU